AUGUGCCUUGACUAUCGUGGAGACGAACAAGCCAAUAUGGAGCCCUCUGACUAUACGGGACAGAUGGCUUUAUCUCAGAGCAUCCUCGACAAACUUGUCCCGCCCGCCGAGGAGAUAAACACGGUAUACAACCAUGGCUCGCCAACGCCGGCUACCAUAAGAUCGCGUCCUCGCCGCCGUUGUCAUCUGCGCACUGGUGGUCCUGAACGCAUGUAUUUACUUGCCCAAGCUGCGCUGCCAAGGUUCAGACGCCCAGCCAUCGUCACGGCUGUCAACUCGACUCUCGGCUUCGGAAACGUCUACGUCGUCUCCAAGGAGCAUUGUCCGCGCCGCAGGAACCCCAUCCAGGCCGCCAACGUCACCGACCUGCAGCUUACCGUGCCCAUACAGCCCAACUGGACCGCCGCCGACGUCGCCCAGAUUAGGCAGUCUCAAAACUCGACGAUAGGCCGGGGCUCGUUGCUCGCCUGGCUGGGCCACUUAUACGCACUGCGACAGUUCCUCGAGACCGACGAUGAAACCGCGCCGUUCCUCGAAGACAAUGUCGACUGGGAUAUUCGUCUGCGCUCGGUGCAGGUGCCGCUUGUGUCCUCAGCCAUGCGCACGAUGUUCCCUAGCGCGGUGGACUAUCCCUACGGCAAUGUGGCCGAGCGGGACUUUCUAUAUCUCGGCCAUUGCGGCGACUACUGGCCUGGCAUAGACGAUGGGUUCGAAAAGGGUCACGUCAAGCCCGACGACUUGGCCGCCACGCCGCACAUUUUCCUGGCCGACACGUCGCUCUCGAGCCUCAACAGGCUGCACCUGUGGACCGCGUCGCUGCUGGAGAACCUCGGGGUCCCCCAACACACGCGCCUGGUGCACCGCUCACGCUUCCCGCUGUGCACCUUCUCAUAUGCCGUCACGCGCGCGUCGGCUCGCCGUCUGCUGGAGGAGCUCUCCACCCCGGAGCCCUCGGGGCUAGGCUUCAAGACCUUUGACGUCGCCCUCCUUGUGGGAUGCCGCGACCAGGGGCUGCGCUGCUGGACCGUUAAUCCGGAAUUGUUCCACCGCGUCUACGGGCAGAGCGGCAUCAUGGCGGGCUUGGUUCGCGGACCGGCCCUGGCACCAGUGGAGAUGGCAGGCAGGGUCCAGGCAGAGCUAUGCGGCGAGACGUCCAACAUCGACUGCGGCUUCUCGAAUGGCGCGUUUGGCUUUGAGGAAGGCGACGAGCUCCACGUUGAGUGGCUGAGGCGCGAAGUCGGUCGCGAGGGGAGAUGUGCCAAAGCGAGAGCAGUGCGCAGCUGA